GAGUUGGAGGAAAAGUGGCGUAAAAUACGGCUUAACCUCAACUACAUUGCCAUUGAGAUACACAACGACUACCACUGGUUUCCGCCUCAUAUUUACGACAAUAUCAAUACCUUUCCACAGCUGUCGAUGCACUCAUCCAACUCCAUACCGGAUAUCGCCUUUGACAACAACUUCCUGCCCCUAAACCCGGGCUAUAGUAACGAAAUACUAUACUCGCAAAUCGAUACCAUCUUAUUGCCGCCCAAUUACCUCACAAACUGCAGCGACUACGACGUGACCGCCCGUCCCGGGCAUCAGUUCCGCACCGAUUGCAUCACGAAUUGUAUACUCGAGGAGUUUCGCCGCAAUUCCUCGGAUUGUAUCCAUCGGACGGCUGACCUCUUAAGGAAAGACCUGCUGAUUGGCGACCGGUUGGCCAGGUUUUGCCCGGUGUUUGACAAGUGGGGUGACUAUCACCAGAGCUUCUACUUCUCCGCCCAUAAUAGUCACGAAAUUAGGAGUUCCUGCGAGGAGUUGUGUCAGAAUGAGUGUCACAACCAGUUCUUUGACUUCGUCUUCAAGAAGAAGACUAGACUACCGCUGAGUGCGUGGGAUAUGCGGACAUCGGUCUACAUAUCGCACAACCAUUUGCCGGAUCAGGUGGUGGAACACCUGCCGGAGAUGACGUUCAUCUCAUUCAUAGCCAGUUUCGGCGGUUUGGUGGGCAUGUGCAAAACCCCCACCGAGUUGGGCGAGAUAGCGGCCAGGGGUGCCCUUCAGGCUGCCGGUGUCGACCCUAAACUGGUCAACUCAGUCACCGUCGGCACUGUUAUCCAGAUCGCCGCCAACGACACGCCAAUCAUACCGAGAGGUCUGGUCUUACGACUGGGUAUACCUCUGGAGGUGCCGGCGCUUUGUGUGAACAUACAGUGCGGCUCAGGUUUUCAGGCUAUUAUGACGGGCGCUCAGGUAUUCUUAACGGUAGUGAUAGCACCGGCAGAUGAUAAUGACAUCGUAUCAAACGAUUGUGACAUCACUCUGGCUGUCGGCGCCGAAAGUAUGAGUUUAACGCCAUUUAUGGUAAUCACAGGAAACGAUGAGAGGCGCCCGGUUUGGGGUCAGGCUAUCGGCCACACCACUGGUAUGCGACUGGAGGACGGCCUGUGGGAGGGCCUGAAGGACCACAACUGCAACAUACGGAUGGGAGAGACGGCCGAAAAGUUGCCCAAAAAAUACCAGAUCUCCAGAGAGGGGGCCGACGCCAUAGCCCUGCGGUCGCAGCAACGGUGGGCCGACGCCCACAAGCGCGGCGUAUUCAAGGAGGAGGUGGUGCCGGUGCCCAUCAAACUGAAGGGAAAGGACGUCAUGUUUGAUACGGACGAACACCCGAAGCCUAAGACAACGGCCGACCAGUUGGCGAAACUGUCGUCGGUUUUCGAGCGCAACGGAACGGUAACCGCGGGUAACGCGUCGGGCGUUAACGACGGCGCCGGGGCUCUGGUGUUGGCGUCCGAGAAGGCCGUCAAACGACAUAAUCUCAAACCCUUAGCCCGUAUUGUCGGCCACUCGUGCGUCGGUGUCGACCCCACUAUAAUGGGUAUCGGUCCGGCGCCGGCUAUCAAGAAACUAUUGGCGAAGACAGGGCUGACACUGGAGGCCAUGGAUGUGAUUGAAGUGAAUGAGGCCUUUGCCUCGCAGUUCGCGUCCGUCGAGAAGGAGUUGGGUUUGGAUCCCAACAAAACCAACGUUAAUGGGGGCGCCAUAGCUAUCGGACACCCUCUGGGAGCGACAGGCGCUCGGAUUAUGACUAAUCUGGUGUAUGAGGUGCGGCGCCGGAAGGGAAAGUAUGCCUUAGGCUCGGCCUGUAUUGGCGGCGGACAGGGCGUGUUUAUCGUGGGUGCCAAACGUACCCCCUUUGGGUCCCUCGGGGGUGUCUUUAAGGACGUGUCGGUGGUUGAGUUAGGAGUGGUAGCCUCGAGGGCGGCCCUACAACAGGCUAACGUGAGCCCAGACAUCGUCGACUCGGUCACCGCCGGGAACGUCAUCCAAGUGUCGUCCAGAGAGUUUGUGGCCCGGGCUGUGGGUCUAAAAGCGGGUGUACCCAUACCGGUGCCCGCGCUCACCGUUAACAGGGCGUGCGGUUCGGGCUUUCAGGCGAUGGUCAAUGGCUAUCAGGACAUCAUCUUAAGGGACGCCGAGAUAGCGCUGACACUGGGGGCGGAAAACAUGAGUCAAACACCGUUUGUGCUAAGGAACGCCAGGUUUGGGGUGAAGUUCUCGACCACACCGCUCCUGGAGGACGCCCUAUGGGAGGGCCUGAAGGACCACUCGGCGAACAUCCGGAUGGGAGAGACGGCCGAAAAGUUGGGCAAACAGUACGGCAUUACUCGCGAGGGGGCCGACGCCAUAGCCCUGCGCUCGCAGCAACGGUGGGCCGACGCCCACCAGCGCGGCGUAUUUAAGGAAGAGGUGGCGCCCGUCACCAUCAAAGUGAAGGGCAAGGAUGUGGUGAUCGAUACGGACGAACACCCGAAGCCUAAGACAACGGCCGAACAGUUGGCGAAACUGCCGUCGGUUUUUGAGCGCAACGGAACGGUAACCGCCGGUAACGCGUCGGGUGUUAACGACGGCGCCGGCGCUAUAGUGUUGGCCUCGGAGGAGGCGCUCAAAAAACAUAGCCUCAAACCCUUGGCCCGUAUUGUGGGCUACGCUAGCGUUGGCGUCGAGCCUACUAUAAUGGGUAUCGGUCCGGCGCCGGCCAUCAGGCGAGUGCUGGAGAGGGCGGGCCUACAGCUGAAGGACAUCGACGUGAUUGAAGUGAACGAAGCGUUCGCCACUCAGUUCGCGGCCGUCGAGAAGGACUUGGGUUUGGAUCCCAACAAAACCAACGUUAAUGGAGGCGCCGUCGCUUUGGGUCACCCUGUCGGCGCUUCUGGUGCGCGAAUAAUCGCUAAUCUGGUGUAUGAGCUGAAGAGGAGGAACGCCAAGUACGCCAUCGGGUCGGCCUGUAUUGGGGGCGGACAGGGCAUCGCCGUACUCAUCGAAAACGUCCAAUAAUUAUGUGUCAAUUAAUUAAUUGAGUUUUUUUAAUGAAUCAAAAGCCAAUAAAUUUAUAUGUUUUUUAUUAUACAAAAUAGUAGUUU